AUGGACCAGUGCGCCUGUAAGUCAUUCGUCGCGGGACUCAAAAGCGAGGGAAUAUUUGGCGCCAAUUUAUCGUUAGAAUCGAAUUAUUCCAUUUUCCCGAGUUUCGGUGUGAAUCCGCUCCAGGAAAGGCUUGCGUUGAUUCCAAAGAGUCGGUUUUUAUUCGUGUUGACGUCUGUUUGGCUAGUUAUUCAAUUAUAUAGAGCUUACAAGUUGUUUUAGCUGAUUUUUGAACGUGGUUUUGGUCGAUUUUCUUUAGAUUUCGAAUGAUUGUUAUUAAAAUUUUUGUUUUUAGGGGGAUUAUCGAGAACCAUGUCUGAUUCCGACUCUGACUUCGAUGCUCCCGGCCCGUCGGCCAAGAAAACGCCGCCGUCCAAGAAGGCUCCAAAGGCUAAAAGUAUGUUGUUAUAGGUUUUGUAUAUAACUUUUUUGAAACGACAGUUAGAGAUUUGAAAUUUUAUGUCAUUAUAGAUAAUAUAUUUUGCUAAUUAAGUGAUAAAAUGAAUUCUUGAAAUUAUGACAACGUAGAUGAUACAGCAAUAUUACUUUAGUCUACUAAUAUUUACCGUUUUUCUUUCAGAAGCCGUCAAAGACGAAACAAACCAGAUGAACGAGGAAGACAUGAACGUUUUCACCAACAUCGACAAGAACAAGGGUAAAGCACCUACUAUUGAGGACAUGUAUCAAAGAAAAACGCAGCUGGAGCACAUUAUGCUUCGUCCCGAUACCUAUAUCGGAUCUGUGGAGUUUUGUGACAGGCAGUUGAUGUGGGUUUAUGAUAGAGAGGAAGAGAAGAUUGUUCAACGUGAAGUGUCGUAUGUGCCAGGUCUUUACAAGAUUUUCGACGAAAUCUUGGUAAACGCGGCUGAUAACAAACAAAGGGAUCCGAAGAUGAACUUGAUCAAGAUCAACAUCAAUCAGUAAGGUUUUUUGUUACUGUUUUGUUUUUAUAGGUACUGACAAGGCUUUAGAAUGAAGUAGAAGAGAUUUUUUGUACAGAUUAUCAUUGUUAUGUUAAGAAAGAAUGUCAUUUUUGGGCUAAACCAAUAUUAUUCGAUCAAACCAUCUAAAAUAAUAUAAUUUUAGAGCGAAGAACGAGAUUUCCGUGAUGAACAACGGCAAGGGUAUUCCGGUGGUUAUGCACAAGGUGGAGAAGAUGUAUGUGCCAGGCAUGAUCUUUGGUACCUUGUUAACCUCGUCCAACUACAAUGACGAUGAGAAGAAGGUUACUGGUGGUAGAAACGGUUAUGGUGCCAAGCUGUGUAACAUCUUCUCAAGCAAGUUCACAUUGGAGACGAGUUCUAAAAGCGAUAAGAAGGCUUUUAAACAGGUAAAUUGUUAAGUUAUGAAUGAAAAUAUUAAUAUUCCUAUAAAAUUAUUAAGAUUUUUCUGGAUUUUUCAUUGGAAAUUGGGUUUUUGGCUACAAUUUUGAAUUUAAGUUGCUGAUUUCAACCUCAUUUUUCAUAGAAAACAAGGAUUAUCUAGAAUAGUAAAGCAUUGUUAAAAUUAUAUUGUUUUAGACCUGGACCAAUAACAUGACGGCUACAGAAGACCCAGAAAUUACCAAAAAUGAGGCCGAAGACUUCACCAAGGUCACUUUUUGUCCAGAUUUAAAAAUGUUCAAAAUGGAGAAACUUGAUGAUGACAUCGUGUCUCUGAUGUGUCGUCGUGCCUUCGAUAUUGCUGGAUCGACAAAGGGAGUCAAGGUUUACUUGAACAACAAGUUGGUACCCGUAAGUUGAUUCUUUGGUUUAUUUUGCAAUAAAAAUGGGGAUUUUCUGGCAUUUUGUAUUAGAAAUGAGGAUUUCUUGACUUUUUUUCAUUAGAAAUUAGGGUUUUAUGCCAUUUUUCAUUAGAAAUGAGGAUUUUGUGACAUUUUGAACUAUAAAUUAUUUUUUCAUUUUAAAAUUUACAGUGCCAAGGCUUCAAACAAUACGUGGAGCAAUACACCAAGAACCUAACUCACGAUGACGAACCCUACAAGGUGGCCUACGAAACAGUCAACAAUCGAUGGGAAAUCGCGAUGACAGUUUCUGACAGAGGCUUUCAACAGGUCUCAUUCGCCAAUUCUAUUGCCACAACUAAAGGUGGUAGACAUGUUGACUAUGUGGUAGAUCAAGUGGUCAGCAAGAUGAUUGAAACCAUCAAGAAGAAGGUCGGAAAGAGUGGAAUCACGGUGAAACCGUUCCAAGUCAAGAAUCACAUUUGGGUAUUCGUGAAUGCAUUGAUCGAGAAUCCGACUUUCGAUUCACAGACUAAGGAGACUAUGACGUUGCAGGUAAGGAUACGUCAUAAAACAUGGUUUUGAUCUAAUUUUUGGUGGUUUAAAGUUAUUAUAUGUAAUUGAUGGACUAAAAAUGAGUUUUUUUAGUUAUUUUCAUGCUGUUUUAGAGGCUUCAAGGGUUAAAAAUGAAUCUUAAAAAUUAUUUAUUUCCUAUUGUUUUUUAAACUUAAAGUAACAUUAUUUUCUUUUCAGUCAAAGAGCUUCGGAUCAAAAUGUGAACCAUCAGACAAAUUCAUCAACGAAGCCCUAAAGUCGGGCGUGGUCGAGAGUGUUAUGUCCUGGGUCAAGUUCAAACAACAAGAGCAACAGGACAAGAAGUGCUCGUCCAAAAAGACCUCCAAGCUGAAGGGAGUACCGAAACUCGAGGAUGCCAACGAUGCAGGAACAAAGAACUCACACUUGUGCACUCUGAUCCUGACAGAAGGAGAUUCAGCCAAAUCGUUGGCUGUAGCUGGACUGGGUGUAAUCGGCAGAGACAGAUAUGGUGUGUUCCCACUACGUGGUAAAAUGUUGAACGUGAGAGAUGGUAACCACAAGCAAAUCAUGGAGAAUGCCGAGAUUAAUGCUUUGUUGAAGAUUGUCGGUCUUCAGUAUAGACUGAAGUAUGCGACGGAUGAGGAAAGGAAGACUUUGAGGUAUGGAAAGAUCAUGAUCAUGACUGAUCAGGUAAGGAUAAGUUGGGAAUAUGGGCUUUUGUCUUGGAUGUAGGCUUAUUUUUGUUGUUUAGAACGUUUUCGGGCUUUUUAAGGAUUUGACGAAAUGUCACAUAAAUUAUUGGAAAACUUGACGAAGUGUCACGAAAAUUAUUGGAAUUUUAAUUUUGCAAGAACUGUAAAAUGCGAUGAUAAAAUAUCGAUUCUAUGUGAUUAAAAAUGAAAAUUUUGUCUUUUUUAAUGACGUUUCGUUUUAAAUUGAUAUUUUUGUAGGAUCAAGACGGUUCCCACAUCAAAGGUCUCGUUAUCAACUUUAUCCACGCCAACUGGCCAAACUUGCUGAAGACGAACUUCCUGGAAGAGUUUAUCACUCCAAUUGUCAAGGCAACAAAGGGAAAUCAAGAAAUUUCAUUUUACUCAUUGCCAGAAUAUAUGGAAUGGAGAUUGAAUACAGAGAACUGGAAGUCCUUCAAGAUCAAAUACUACAAGGGUAACUUUUUUUGAAGUUUUUGGCUUACAGGGGAACACACUUAUUUAAAAUUUAGUUUGAUAUUGAUAUUAUUUUAGGUUUUUUUAUUGAAAUUUUGCUUUUACUGCCAUUUUUUAUCGAUUUUUGCUUGAAAACUCUCCUUUAAUUAGUUUUAAACUGGUAUCGUUUCAGGAUUGGGUACCUCCUCGGCAAAGGAGGCUAAAGAAUACUUUUCGGACAUGGUACGCCACCGAAUCAAGUUCCGCUACGGUGGCCCCGGCGACGAUGAAGCCGUAGAGAUGGCCUUUUCGAAAAAGAAGAUUGAAGACAGAAAGGACUGGCUCACCGGCUGGAUGCAAACCAGAAGAGAACGACGACAAGCAGGCGAAGCCGAAGACUAUCUAUACGACAAGGACACGAGAGACAUCUCCUAUGCUGACUUUGUCAACAAAGAACUGAUCUUGUUCUCAAACAUGGACAACGAAAGAUCAAUUCCAUCACUCGUGGAUGGCUUCAAACCCGGCCAAAGAAAGGUUAUGUUCACGUGCUUUAAGAGGGCGGACAAGAAGGAAGUCAAGGUGGCUCAGUUGGCUGGUGCUGUAGGAGAAAUGUCAGCUUACCAUCAUGGUGAAGUAGGUUUUUUAUUUUUGUAGUAUUUGGGGUAGAUUUUAAAAAUGAAUUGAAGGGGUGAAAUUUAUAUUGAACUUGAUCUAAUUUCUGCAUUUUUCAGCAAUCUCUCAUGAUGACCAUUAUCAACUUGGCCCAAGACUACGUAGGCAGCAACAACAUCAACUUGCUGAUGCCAAACGGUCAGUUCGGUACCAGAUUGUUGGGUGGCAAAGAUUGUGCCUCACCUCGUUACAUCUUCACACAACUCUCACCAGUAGCCAAAGCCCUGUUCCCAGCGGCCGAUGAGAACGUACUCAAGUUCCUGUUCGAAGAAAACCAAAAAAUCGAACCGGAAUGGUACUGCCCCAUCAUCCCAAUGGUACUCAUCAACGGAGCAGAAGGUAUCGGCACAGGAUGGUCGACUAAAAUCCCCAAUUACAAUCCAAGAGAUGUGACGGACAAUAUCAGAAGACUGAUCAGAGGCGAGGGCAUGAAGCCAUUGGUACCAUGGUACAAGAAGUUCAGAGGUACCAUCACCAAGAUCGACAGUCAAAGAUUUGCCUGCUCUGGAGAGAUAUCGAUUCUCGAUGACGACACAGUAGAGAUUACCGAGUUACCUAUCAGGACUUGGACCCAAGGCUACAAGGAAAGUGUACUAGAAUCCCUGAUGGACGGUACUCCAGACAAGCCAGCCUUGGUCGCUGACUUUAAGGAGUACCACACGGAAGAGACGGUCAAGUUCUUGGUCAAAAUGAACCACGGAAAGCUGAGAGAAGCCGAACGAACUGGUCUUCACACCGUCUUCAAACUCACCACAGUAAUCAACACCACUUGCAUGGUACUGUUCGAUGCAGCAGGAGUACUAAGACAAUUCUCAAGCCCCGAAGAGAUCUGCCACGAGUUCUUUGAGACCAGAAAGGUGAAGUACAUUGAAAGAAAGGCCUUCCUCGAAGGCAUGCUUCAAGCUCAAAGUGACAGGCUGUCGGAACAAGCUCGCUUCAUCCUCAUGAAGAUCAACAACGAGAUUCACAUUGAGAACAAGAAGAAGCAGGUCAUCAUUGAACAGCUGAUCAAGCACAACUUCAAGCCAGACCCAGUCAAGCAAUGGAAGGAGAUUCAGAAGCGGAAGGAGCUGGAAAUGUGCGGAGAAGUGGAGAUGGACGAGGAGGAGGAGGAAGGAGAUGAUAAUGUAAGAAAAGGUUUUGGAUACGAGUUUUAUAUUUGAAAUAGUGAAUUUUCGAUGUGGUUUGGCUUAAAAAUUAAAAUUUUUCAAAAAUUUUAAAAGUUAAGAAAAGGCUUAUAAAAAAGAUAAGGUUAUUUUAGGACCAACUUUCGCGCAAGGUCUCGGACUAUGACUACCUGGUCGGUAUGGCCAUCUGGAAGCUCUCAAUGGAAGACAAGGACAAAUUGAUGGGUGAAAGUCAAACCAAAAAGGACGAAUUGAAGGUACUCCAGAGCAAAUCUUGGGACGAACUGUGGGAAGAAGACUUGAAGGUCUUUGAAGAGGCGUUGGAGAAACAAGUAAGGUUUAAGUUCAAUUUCAAAAUGACAAUUUUAGACCUUUGGUUAAUAUUGCGGCUUAAAAGUUAGGUAUUGUUAUAUUAUUAUUAUAUAACUAAUAGUAUUAAAAAAAAUGCUUUUUUUCAGGAAAAGAAGGAAAAGGCAGACCUGGAGGACUGUUUGAAGAAGGCCGUUACCAAGUUGGGCAAGGACAAGUCAGAAUCCGGGAAAAGAGCAGGUAAAAAGCUGGCUGCUGGCUUGGCUGACGUCAAACCAAGUGAGAACGCUGUCAGAGUCGAAGUCAAUUUGGAUGUUGUGAAAGGCAAAUACGAAACCAAGCCUAAGCGAGAACCCAAAGCUCCGAAGGAACCAAAAGAAUCGAAAGCAAAGGCCAAGAAGAAGGACCUGGAGAACAACACUUCCAUGGAUGCGUUCGUCAAGAAGGGCGUGAAGGAAGAGCAAGACGAUUCAGACAUCGAAGAGAUUGACAAGGAAAAUCAAACUAAACCCGCGCCAAAACCCAAGGCCAAGAAAGCACCAGCGGACACCAAAGAAAAAGCACCAGCCAAGAAGGCGGCUCCAAAGAAGAGGAAAGCAGCUGAAUCUGAUGGUGAAGACGAUGUUGUCACCAUGUCUUCAGAUGAUGAAGAAGCCAUGGACAUUGGAACUCCACCACCGAAACGUGAAACCGCUCCAAGAAGAGCCGCGGCCGCUAAGAAGCCAGUCAUCGUGGAUGAGGAUUCAGACGAAGAGUUCAAGCCGAAGCCAAAGCAAAGAAAAAUCGUGGAUUCUGACGACGAUUUUUAG